AUGGCUCACCUCAGAGAACUCGGCAAGACUGGUGUAUUGGUGUCUUCUAUUGGACUUGGUUGCAUGGGAAUGAGUGAGUUUUAUGGCCCUACAAACGAUGAAGAGAAUAUCAAGACACUUGAGCGUUCAAUCGAGAUAGGAUCAACAUUCUGGGAUACUGCCGAUAUGUACGGAAUCGACUCUCACAACGAGCGUCUACUAUCUCAUGUAUUAAAAACCCAGAGAGACAAGAUCUUCUUGGCUACGAAGUUUGGCCACAUUCGUACUAAGGAUGGAGAAUUUACUGGCAUAAGUGGCUCGCCUGAGCACGUCAGAGAAGCAUUUGAGAAAAGUCAAAAGAGACUUGGUGUUGAUGUGAUCGAUCUGUAUUAUCAGCAUCGCGUGGAUCCUAAUACUCCUAUUGAAGAUACCGUCGGAGCAAUGGCUGAACUUGUCAGGGAGGGCCGUGUUCGUUUCCUUGGCCUAUCUGAAUGUUCUGCAGCCACCCUUCGUCGUGCUCACAAGGUGCAUCCAAUCGCCGCUAUUCAAGUUGAAUACUCCCCUUGGUCUUUGGAUAUCGAAAAUAAUGGAUUGCUUGAUACAGCUCGUGAAUUAGGUGUAUCUGUUGUUGCCUAUUCUCCUCUUGGUCGUGGUUUCUUGACUGGUGCUAUCAAAAGUCUUGAUGACCUUGACAUAACCGAUUUUAGACGCGCAUUCCCUCGCUUCUCUCCUGAGAACUUUGGUAAAAACCUUGAGUUGGUUGAUGGAAUUACUAAGCUUGCUACCAAGAAGGGUGUUGCUCCCAGUCAAUAUGUGCUAGCAUGGAUCCUUGCUCAAGGUCCCGAAUUUAUUGUCAUUCCUGGCACUAAAAAAAUCAAGUAUCUCGAGGAAAAUUUCAAGGCUGGAGGCAUCGUGCUGUCAAAAGAAGAGUUGGCUGAGAUGAGACAUUUAAUUGACAAUGCUGAUACUGCAGGAAAACGAUAUCUUCCUCAACACCUUAAAACUGUGAAUAUUUAG